AUUUGGGACCAUUUUUUUCCCCGGUCUCACCAGUGACAUAAAUUGCUGUCCGGCAGAAGAAACCAUUUUCGGUUCCUCGGCGCCAUUUUCGGGAAGCUACCGAAAUAAAAAUAACAACAAGCACAGUGGAAACGUAAACACAGCCAGAAGGUGCAAACUACGUCCAUUUGCUGUGAAGAGCUUUGGUUGAGUUUUCUUUCGGAAAAUUUGUGGCCGGAAAAAAAUCUUUACCCAUUAGUCACAAUCAGUGCGAGAUCCGCUUUUGGUAUACAGUUUCGAAUACAGCUGAGGAGAAAAAAAAAGUUACAAAAACGAAAAGAAAAAAUUACGGUUCAAGGAAAAAUCGAGUGUUUUAAAACGGUUUUGGCCUCCUCACAAGUCCGAAAGGGCUGCAAGAAAAGUGAUUUGUGAAGAAAAGUGGUGCUUUCUCAAAACGACGACGACGACGACGACGACGACGUUGAAAGCAGAAGAAACGUCGAGUGAUUUAUUUUAUUUGUGUUCAUAUUUUUUCGCUGGAUCUUCCGGCUAUUAGUGUGAGGACGAUCGAAAGAGUUUUUUUGGGAGUUCGGGUCCAAGGAACCACUCAGUGGGCUUUGAAAUACCGCCGGACUAAUGAGUCUGAAAAAGGGUAAAUGGAAAAGAUUUUGGCAGCGGCAACAGCAACAGAGAAAAACAAGGGAAGAAAUCAUAGCCAAAUAGAUUACGAUGGUGGUCCUACCUGAAGACGACGGAGAACGGAAUCCGAGGAAUGUAACCGUGAGCUGCUGGCGGCGGUGUGGAUGCCAGUGAGGAAAACUGUGAAACAAGAAAAACAUGAAACAAAAUCGUACAAUGAAGAAAGUUUCGCUCUAAUGAGGGCAAUAAAUUGAAGCGGCCUUUCUAGUGUGACGGCAAAGGAGGAAGAAAAAAAAAGUCCAAGAAAAACAUCAACAACGCGCGUACUUCUUUUAACGAGGUCACAUUUAUCACACCCUCAAGGUCCUGGGAGGAAAUUUUUCUACCCGUAUUGUGUUUUUUUUUUCUACAUUUUGAGCUACUCCUCCAACCCACAAAUUUGAAAUAGAAAAAAAAAACGCGAGCGCCGAAAGUUUUGUGGCGUGAAGAAAAAACAAUCAAAAUCACAGCUCGAAUAAAUAACGAAUGGUGCUGUGCCUUGGGGCGGAAUUGCCAUCAGUCGAAAUCUAAUAAAAAUCAGAGAGUUUGUGAAUGUGGGAGGACUUCCUGUUUUGAGGAAAACUGUUGAGUGUCAACAAUUUUCCGAGCGCAAAAAAAAGCAACAACAUCUUCUAAUAUUAGAAAGAAGCUAAUUGCUGUUGGCAAGUGUAGAAAAUAUAAUGUGCAAUCUAAGCUACAGCAGAAAUAGCAGAAGCAGCAGCAGCACCGGAAGAGCAAACCGUUGUUGUUGUUGGAGGGAACUGCUUCCGGUGGCCUGGUGGUGUCUGGUCUGGCUGAUCCAGCUAGCGAUGGCGGCCGAAGCUGCCUCGAUGAUGAUGAUGGCGACUGUGGCCGCAGCCAGUACGGCCUCGAUGCCGGCAAUCAGCAGCAACAACAACGGUCCAACGGCAACUUUGCCGGCCACGGAAGGACCAGCACCAGUUCACAAACAGCAACAACAACGACUGACCGGAAGUGGUGGCAGCACCGGUGGCUUCGGCGGUCAGAAGGAAAAGGUCGGCAGGAGUCAUCAUUAUGGUGUCAGCCCUCAGUCCUCGUCCAAAUCAUCGUACGGAACCGGAGCCGCCGGUGGUGGUGGACAAUCGAUGGGGGUAGACCCCUCGUCUACUGGCUUAUCAGCAGCAACUGGUGCUGGGUCCGGGUCCGAUAAGCCCUUCUUCGACGAUGUCAGCCCCCGCAAUGUCACGACCAUAGUCGACGAUAUGGCGGUGCUCAAAUGUCGCGUCAAACACAAGGGAGAUCGAACGGUCUCCUGGAUGCGCAAGAGGGACCUUCACAUCCUAACGUCGGACAUCUUCACGUACACCGGAGAUCAGCGGUUUUCCGUCAUCCAUCCACCAGAUUCCGACGAUUGGGAUCUGAAGAUCGAGUACGCCCAGCAACGAGAUAGCGGAAUUUACGAAUGUCAAGUGAACACAGAGCCGAAAAUUAACCUGGCCGUCAAUCUGGACGUAUCAGAGGAACGUGAAUUUGUGCAAGCAUCUGGCGGAAAACAUUACGUUGGUAGUGCUGGAAUAGCUGCCCGGGCCAAAAUAAUCGGUUCCCAGGAAGUGCACGUCAAAAAGGGGAGCACCAUUUCGCUGUCCUGUGUGGUGAACGUACACGCUUCGUCCAUUUCGUGGUAUCACGGAUCGUCGGUCGUUGAUUUUGAUUCAGCUCGCGGGGGCAUCAGUCUGGAGACGGAGAAAACCGACGGGGGAACCAGUAGCCGGUUGAUGUUGACCAGGGCCACCCUCCGGGAUUCCGGCAACUAUACUUGCGUUCCGAGUGGUGCCGUUUCGGCUAGCGUUCAGGUUCACGUGCUUAACGGUGAACAUCCGGCUGCGAUGCAAACGAGCGGUUCCCGGACUCCGGAUCUGCGGCUCCGUCACCUGAUGUUGUUUGUCGUUCUGCUUGGAUCCCAGCUAAAUAGUUAUAAUCUAAGUAAAUUAAUCCACUUCAUAUCAACGCUGCUGUUCCGAUGCGCAUCCCGAUUCCAAACGGUGACGAGAAAAUCCCCCAGCCUAGGACGCGGUCGACAUCUGAUACAUUGUCACCAUCCGGGUGUCUGGUUCGAUUCGGUUCCUCCGGAGAAGGAUGAAAAUCCAGCGAACAGAAAUAGCGAUAGUUACGACGACAUCCGAUCAUCCACUUCCUGUCACCCAGAAGCGAUGGCAAUAUCCUGUCCCAGCAAAAGAUGAUCCCAACGUUGGCCAGCGCUUGUCGUGACAUCUUAGACCGAACGAAAUCUGCCUGGUGACCAUCAAAGGAAAAAUCAGCGAUGGAAAACACAACCGAGGAAAUUCAUCCUUCCAGACUUUCUUGCCCUUUCUGUCCUUUCGAACGGCAAAAUACCUGUCUUUUUAGGGCAGAAAGACUACGAUCCGACAACCAGGAGAGACACCCAUCCGGGGAAAUCCUACCCCCUGUAAAUAGAGAACCGACGACGUUAGAGAAGAAGAAACUUUCCCUGACACCCCAUAGUUCGACCCCCUAUUAGUUGUAGAAAGAUGUAGGCAAAUCCUUCCAGUCAGUCAGUGUAGCAGAAUCUGAAGCAAAUGAAAAUUGUAUAAGGAAAUCCCUUUAGCGUAAGGAAAUUGAAUGCUACCGAUAAAAGGGCGGAUAAGCUCGAGCGGACGUUCUGUGUGUAUUAUAGCUAAAAAAAGAAAACUUAAACAAGAAGAGGAUGCGGCGCAUUUAAUCGUUUUGUAUCGAUAAGGAUUCGACCGACCAGGUCCGGGUAGUGGAGAUUCUAUUAGCGUUUGAGGCUUUCGGUUUGAUGGGAAAAUUAGGUCAGCAAAUCUGAUUCGAAUGGAUGAAAUUGGAAAAACGAGCAGCCUUAAACACCAAUAUAUUUCCACCAACUUGACUGGGUGUCGGUUAAAAAUAUAAAAAAGAAUCAAAACAAAUAAACCUUAAAUGAUAAAACUAGAGUCUGUUCAAAGAGCUCGAAGAGUAAAUAAUGUUAUGCUAGGGAUGCAAAAUUAAGGUAAAUUUCUGCAAGUAUGAUGUGAGAACUGGAAUGUUCAGAAUGAUUAAAAGUUAUUUUUACAAACAUAAUAGAAUUCGCGUUUUUGAGAAUUAAAAAAAGGAAGUGAUAGGUAAUAGUUUGACUUUGGACAAUCUUAUAUAAAUAUACAUUCGAAUUACGCCAGGUGAUAUUCUCAUCAAGAAUUUUGGGAAAUCCAAAAAUUCAAGUUUCUUUAUUUUCUUUCAGAGUCAUAACAUAUCCUUUGUUUUAUAGGAAAUAAUUUUUAAAUUAUUUUUACUUGGUAAUAUUCAAAUAACUAAAACAACGUCCGCAAUUCUUUGCAUUGGCUGGAAGCUUCAAAGUACAACUCUCGCCAAUUUUUUGUUCCCUCCUGACGUGUCUGUGACCAUAACCUGUUGAAAAUGCAGCUUUCAGUGGUGAAAUAGAUUGGAAUAGAUAGAGCCAAUAUGCAAAUUGCACAACCAUGAGUUUUAAAAAAAAUGACUAGCCAUUUUCACAUUGUCGAUAUAAGAUCAUUAGCAAAAAAUAAGUACUAAUUUGAAAUUGAUUAGUUGGAAAGAUUGUACAUAAAUAAAUUCAUGAGAAGAUAAACUAGAUUGGUGGUUUUCUAAUUGGUCCCUACCGCCCCCAGAGAGGCGUUGAGAGCCUACAAGGGGGCAGUAGAGUGGCUCAAAGUUGCCAAUUUUUGUUGCAUAUCAGAACAAAUUUGUUCCAAAAUACUCUUAGAGAGGGCGGUGAGUUCUGAAAUAUUGAGACAGGGGGGCGGGUGGUGAGCAAAAAAGUUUGAAAACCACUGAACUAGAUGAUUCCCUUGAGGAGCUCCAGUAUAAUUUGUAAAGUUAAUUGAUUUGACGUGACUUUCCGGAACAAAAAAAAAUUCUUAUACCGAGUUCUCAACAUGACUGGUAACGAGCCUCAUUUUGAAGCUAGCUGAGCGGAUGUUAGUUGUAUUGUGGCUGAAAAACGACGUCAGCUGGUAUCCUUUAGAUUCAUACACUUCAACUUAGUUGUUCUGAGAUUAUGCUCAGAUACGAAUGAAAAAACAAAACUAUCCCAACUGCUAAAUGAUUGGCAAAACAACUAUUUUCUGAUGGUUAUGGAGAAAAAUAUGUACUUCUGAAUUUAAACAAGGUUUAACAGAUGUGCUGCUAAUUUUCAAAACAGUAAGAAAGGAUAUUUUUCAGGAAAAUGUCUUUCGCAUCUUAUCAUUAAACAAACAAUAAAUCAAAAACAGUGUCGUAGCAUUUGUUUAUUUAUAAUUAUUGAUUUUGUUUUGAAUCUUAUUGAAGAAAAGUUUACAGUUACAGAAUAUUUUGAACAAUAAAAAUUUUUGCUAGUUUGUGGACUUGCAGUGAUUUCAAAGUGGUCUUUACUGCCCCCUGGAGGGCGUUGAGAGCUUCAAGGGGGACGUUUUAAGAGCUCAGGGGGGCGGUGAGAUCGUAUUGAAUGACACAUUUACACAAAUAACGAAACGAUGUAGAAUUGAAAUUACAAAGAAAAAGUUCAAUGCACAAUAAUGAAAUUUCGUUACAGAACCAUGAGACAUUGAGAUGAAAAUAUCAAUAAUUUCCCAAAGCAUAUAAUUUCACCGAGCUGCAAAGAAAGUUGUUUAUCUGUACCUCAGGAGUUUUCAUUAAAUUGUCACAGAUUUCGUUAUACAUACUUAACAAGAUUAAUUUUGAAUGGCAAUAUUAGAAAAUCUUUGAAAUACCCAUUGCUUGCCAAAUUUGCCUGAUAAAAAACCAUUUGAAAAGAAUUUGUGCAAAAAAGUAUCAUCUUUGAUUCAAACAUAGAUUUUUGGAAAAACAAAAUUAACAAAUUCGUUUUGAAAUUCGUGUAGGAUA